UCGAUUUGCGCACGCGCAGAGGGCCGGGUUGUAAGAGGAGACGUGCUCCCGCACGUCAGAGUGGACCCGAGGCAGAGCUGCUUCCGGUCGUCGAGGGAUUUUUCUGUCUUGAGAAAGUCUUUUAGGAAUCCUUUAGCAAAGUCAUGACCAGAUGGGCUCGAGCCAACAUCACCCAGAACAAGAAGACUCUAGAGGCAACACCAUGGGAAGAUUUGAAAAAUGGUACCUCUGGAACCACAACAGCAAAUAAAAAGCAAAGUCCUUUAAGGAAUCUCCAAGGAAAAAAGAAAAAUAAGAAGAAAAAAGACUAUCUGAAUGAAGAUGUUAAUGGUUUUAUGGAAUAUUUAAAACAAAAUUCACAGUUAUUGCACAAUGGAAAUGUGAUUGACAGCCACAAAAUUAAGGAGGAAGUAGCAACAGCCUUAAAUAAAGACAGACGUCGGGAGACCAGAAGGUUAAAUAGGCAAGAAAAAAAGAAGAACACCAUGGUGUGUUUCCACUGUAGAAAGCCAGGACAUGGUGUUGCCGAUUGCCCAGCUGCACUUGAAAGCCAAGAUAUGGGAACUGGGAUUUGUUAUCGCUGUGGAUCUACAGAGCAUGAAAUCAAGAAGUGCAAAGUAAAAAUAGAUCCUGCUCUUGGGGAAUUUCCAUAUGCGAAGUGCUUUAUUUGUGAAGAGAUGGGACAUCUUUCCAGGUCGUGUCCGGAUAAUCCUAAAGGACUGUAUGCUAAAGGAGGUUCUUGCAGGGUUUGUGGAUCUGUGGAGCACUUUAAAAAAGAUUGUCCAGAAAAUCAAAAUUCAGAUCGAGCAGUAACUGUUGGUCGAUGGCACAAAGGAAUGAGUGCUGAUUAUGAAGAAAUUCUGGACAGUUCUAAACUGCAAAAACCAAAAACCAAAUUAGCUAAGGUUGUUAACUUUUGAUACUUCAUAUCUUGUAUAAUUUCUCAACUGAUACUGAAAAUAUGAUUUAGAAUUUAUGAUAAUGUAGCUGUAUCAUGGGCAUAUAUAAGAGACGACAACGCUAUACCAUCACUCUUCCUUCCUGGAUGAUAAUAUUUUAACCAAAAUGGAAACUUUAUUUUAGCAGAACAAAUGGCAGGAAGUGGCUGAAGUAUAAGAUAAUCAGAAGAAAAUUAAUGGUUUGUCAACCACUGUGUCACUCGGUAAUAUCAUUAUCUGUGUCUACUGAUGUCAAUAAAAAGUGUGAUUGCAGAUACUUGUUUAUAUUUUAUUCCAUUAUGCCGAUUGCAUUAAAUUAUUAUUUGAUCACUU